AGAAACCUUCGAUCGUACUCCGUAGGGAAAUAGUAAUCACACACGAGAGAUUGAGACUCUCUACUUGUUUCCUCAAUCCGUUUACGCCAUUGAAGAUCUCACUUUCCUUCAUCACUACUCUUGAUUCAACCCAUUUUUAAGAAUCUAUCUAUCAUCGUUGUCAGAGGAGAAAGUUGAGAUUUUUAAUCCUCAUUAGCCCCAGUCGGUGCUUCUGAGAUCUCGCUUAUCUAUAAGAGCUAACAACAAUGGCGGAUCGGAUCGAGAUCUCGUUCCUUGAAACUUUCAUUUGCAGCGCUUUCGCUGCUUGUUUCGCGGAGUUAUUUACUGUACCUUUGGACACAGCCAAAGUAAGGCUUCAGCUCCAAAAAAAGAUCCCCACUGGAGACGGUGAUAGUUUGCCCAAGUACAGAGGCUUUUUUGGUACUCUAUCCAUCAUUGCUAGAGAAGAAGGCAUCUCAGGGCUUUGGAAAGGUGUUAUUGCAGGUCUUCAUCGUCAAUGUAUCUACGGUGGUUUACGGAUUGGUUUAUAUGAGCCUGUCAAGACGUUUUUGGUUGGAAGUGACUUUAUUGGCGAUAUUCCACUUUAUCAAAAGAUUCUUGCAGCGUUGUUAACAGGAGCUAUAGCUAUUAUCGUAGCUAAUCCAACUGAUCUUGUGAAAGUUCGGCUACAGUCAGAAGGAAAGUUACCGGCUGGGGUUCCUAGGCGUUAUGCUGGAGCUGUAGACGCUUAUUAUACCAUUGUGAAGCUUGAAGGAGUUGGUGCGCUGUGGACAGGGCUUGGUCCUAAUAUAGCAAGGAAUGCUAUUGUAAACGCUGCAGAGCUAGCUAGUUAUGAUCAAAUCAAGGAGAUAAUUAUGAAAAUUCCGGGCUUUGGAGACAGUUUUCUAACUCAUAUGUUAGCUGGUUUAGCUGCAGGAUUCUUUGCUGUCUGUAUCGGUUCUCCAAUUGAUGUGGUGAAAUCUAGAAUGAUGGGAGACUCUACUUACCGAAACACAAUCGAUUGCUUCAUCAAAACCAUGAAGACUGAGGGAAUCAUGGCAUUCUACAAAGGAUUCCUACCAAAUUUUACACGACUAGGAACUUGGAAUGUUGUUAUGUUCCUCACACUAGAACAAGUGAAGAAAGUGUUUCUAAGAGAAGUCUUGUACGAUUGAUUCCGUAAUUCCUCGUUUAAAAAAAACAUACAUUGUUGUUACAUAUAAAUUGGUUAUAAAAAACCUCGAAUUGUUGUUAUAGCAUAUAUACAUAUAUACUGAAGGAGA